CAUAAAAUGAUCUUUAAUAUUUUAGCCAAUUGGGUUUUAAAGCAAAACACCAGAGCCUUAAAGUCGCCCAGCCCAUUUUACACUUUGAUUGAUGCUUCCGUUGCUCUACAAAACAAAAAGGCGAAGAACAAAAGUAAGAUUCAGUUGAGCCAUCACAGACCCAGGGCGCGCACAUAUCUUACAAAUACCAAAGCGUUCUUCAAACACCGUUAUCUCCUAAUAAAACGAGAAGCGCACAAACUUUAGCGCACACGGAGUCUUCCAGAAACUAUGGAUCAUACUGGAAGUAAUCUCUUCCAGAACCAUACGGACGCUAUAAAUUUUGGCAUUGAUCACAUUUUGAACCAUGCGGAACAGGGGAGUUUCACGGUUUCCAACUCCAGACUUCAGGAUCCCGACUAUGGCUUGGGAUGCAUCGUCAGUACUGCUUACAGCACGAUGACAGGUAACUACGGCAUCAGUAAUACUACGGGAUACAGCAGCAGCUCUUGCGGGAGCACAUCUUUAAUUGGCUCUUACAAUAUGAAUAUGGAUAUGAACAUACACGGGCAUAACGCGAACCAAGCCGGAGUCGUCAGUGUUCCCGCUCACCUACCGCUAAAUAGUUUUUAUUCAUCGGCGCCUCCCGGUGUUACGACGCUGUCAAGUCCCGAAAAUGUAAAUACCGUUAAUAAUCUGGCGGGAUUAAGUUUUCCGUGGAUGUCAAGCAAUAGAAGACACACAAAAGAAAGACUUACAUCGGCGCUCUCACCUUCCACACGCCGUGCAGGUCACCCGUACCAGAACCGGAGCCCGACGAAGAAGAAAAAACCUAGAACUUCCUUCACCAGACAUCAGAUAUGUGAACUGGAGAAAAGGUUUCACCGGCAAAAGUACCUGGCGUCUGCAGAGAGAGCAGGUUUGGCAAAAACACUUAAAAUGACUGAUGGGCAAGUCAAAACAUGGUUCCAAAACAGAAGGACUAAGUGGAGACGGCAAACGGCAGAGGAGAGAGAAGCAGAGCGGCAGCAGGCCAACCGAAUCCUCCUGCAACUCCAACAGGAAGCCUUCCAGAAAUCACUGGAACAGCCAGAAGACCCCGACCCUAUUUGCCUGCAGAACAGCUCCUUGUUUGCUCUUCAGAACCUUCAGCCGUGGACAGAGAGACCCGGCAAAAUAAGCAGCAUGUCCUCUUGUGAUUAGAGGAGCCGACACGCGGAAAUUGUGUCACCCUGAAAAUAAAUAGCUACACAACAGCUGUAUUAUGUUUACAAAAAUUCAUUUAAAAAAAUGGCCUCGAUCUAGCAAUGGUGUAUAAUGGUGAAAGCAAGCAAAUGGAAAAUAAAAAAACUAAAGAGAAAGUUACAGCUAUAGGAAAAAAAAUGAACAACCAUUCUCAGCACAUUCUGUAUGUAAUUCAUUAAGAAGAUAAAGUGAUCGAUUUGUUUAAAAAGAAGUUAGUGAUAUUCAGAAUGAGACAUUAGAAGUACCUAUUUUUUCUGAAUUAGUUUUAGAUUUUAUUUCUAUAUAAAAUGUCCAUAUCAUUAACUUCACACACUAUGCUUUCACAAAAGAAAAAAAAAUGUGGUACCAGCUCAUUGUGAGAACAUGUUUCAAGAAAUUCUUCAGAUUUUGAGAUAUAAUUGAUUCAUUAAUGUUUUGUUUUACAAUGUAACAUGCAUCUGUUUAUAUCUGUUUUUUGUUAAAAUACAUAAAAUGUUGUACUUAUCAUAUAAGUGCAUAUAAGUAUAAAAUGAAAAUCAAUCUGGGAAUCAUUGCACAGCACUUAAAAACAUUAAAACUUUAUAAUUACAAAUGCA